CACCACACACAGACAGCAGAGCAAACUGGCCCCUCACAUCCUUCAACCGCCGCGGAAACAGAGGGAACUCAGAAGACAACUAAACUUUUACGCACAGAGACCGACUUUUACGCACAACGCCAAGAGCCUAAUUUGGCGAAGAGACAGAAAACUCUUCUUUCUUCGGACGCAGGAGCCUCUUAAGGAUCUUACCUGACAGCAGCGGGCCUUAAGGCUACACUGUAAUCGAUAUAACGCGGGUAACCCUGCACCUGUAGGAAGAUCUGCCAGCGUCUAAUCUAAUGGCUCAGAACUUUGGAACAGAUCCGUCAGAUGGCGACUGAUAUGAAGACUGUCGAGUUAGCUCCGUAAACAUUGCAUUUAAAUUACUUAAACUUUAAAGGCUGUUUUAUUUAACAAUUCAAACUUAAAGAAAAUAGUAACCAGUCAUGCCUCGUCCUGGGAAGAACUCUUACAGCGACCAGAAGCCCCCAUACUCCUACAUAUCACUGACAGCGAUGGCUAUCCAGAACUCAGCUGAGAAGAUGCUCCCUCUGAGUGACAUUUAUAAAUUCAUCAUGGACCGAUUUCCGUAUUAUCGAGAGAAUACCCAGAGGUGGCAGAAUUCCCUGCGACACAACCUGUCGUUCAACGACUGCUUCAUCAAGAUCCCUCGGCGGCCUGAUCAGCCGGGGAAAGGCAGCUUCUGGGCUCUGCACCCGGACUGCGGAGACAUGUUUGAGAAUGGCAGCUUCCUGAGGAGACGGAAGCGCUUCAAGGUGCUGCGCGCUGAGCAUAUGGCCUGCAAGAGUUCCCCGAUGAUGCAUUACUUUCACCAUCAUCACCACCACCACCCGGGCAGCAAGCUGAGCACAGCAUCCAGCCACCACGACCACUCAGCCGGCCCGGCAAGCACCGUGGGUCGGCUGCCUCACUUUCAGGGUUACGGGGGCAUUACUUGCGCACAGCCGGGCGGGUUUAAACACCCAUUCGCCAUCGAGAACAUUAUAGGACGGGACUACAAGGGUGUGAUGGCCAGCGGGCUCCCCCUCACCUCUGUCAUGCACCACCUGGGUUACCCAGUGCCCCCGCAGCUCAGCAGCGUGGUCAACUCCAUGUGGCCGCACGUCGGGAUGCUGUCAGAGUCCAUGGGUGGCGUGCCCAUGCCCGCGACAUCCGAGUACGCGCCCUUCAGCGUGUCAGCAAAGGGCCUGUACCACAACGCCAAUGGACAAACGAUGCCCGCCGUUCCCCUGCCAAUAAAACCCACCCCGUCUCUGGGUCCAGUGCCCGGCCUGACGGGGCUGCAGUCCGGCCCGGCACAGCUCUGCUCACCCGCCUCAGUAAUGGAGAAGAGCGAUCUGCUGGAGGGGAAAGGCAACCCUUUACACCCGGCCCUCCUGCUGUCCUAACCGGGUAAAUUGCGGGUCAUUUUUGAAAAGUAACGCAAACAAGAUGAACACUAUUAGGCCUACUGCAAAAAAAAAAGAAAAAAAGAAAAAGAAACAAGACAGACCAGGAGUCUGAGAUAUCAUAGAUUAAGUUACGUGCAGCUGUAGCAGAGUUGUAAAAACUAAGGUUAACUUUGUGCUGUGUAAUGAAUUUUUCAUUAGACCCAUGUUGAUUGAAAUCAUAAUUUAUUUGCACAAUUUGUGAGGGCAUUUACCACAUACUGUAAUGUGGCACUGAUAAAUACAAUCAGAUAAGUAGAUAGGCUAAAGCCAAAGAAAGCUUUGAUUUAGGAGACAAUUCCUUACGAAUGCAAACCAACAACUCUGUUUAUAUUUUUGCUCUUAUUCUAUUUAUUUUAUUCUAAUCUACGGCAGGCCUCUCCACUAAAGACAUGCAGGCCUUCAUG